AUGGCCGAAGAUGGUGAACAAAGGGUUAUUCUUAAUGUUGGUGGAGUAAAGUACGAAACAUAUCGCUCGACGCUGAUAAAAUAUCCAGAAACUUUACUUGGAGUAAUGUUCAGCUCACGAAAUGAAGCAUUAUUGCAUCCAACUAACAAAAACGAAUAUUUUUUUGAUCGUAAUGGGGAGGCGUUUCGUUAUAUAAUGACAUUUUACCGAACUGGAAAAACUCAUUAUGAAAAUAAUCCCUUGGUUACCGAAUCAGAAUUAAACGCAGAACUUGAUUAUUUUCAAAUACCGUCGAUCGUAAACUAUUUCGACUAUGACCUGGCCCACAAGGAAGGUGCAAAGUUUUUAAACAAAUUUAUUGAUUUGAUUGAAUCUAUAGUUUUUGAAAAUAUCUGCGUUCUUGAGCCAUACAUAAAAAUAGGGUUUAGUAAUUGUAAGGAAGGGACUCCGGAGAGAAUUUGUACAAAUUUUGAUAUUCUCAAAGACGUAACUAAAAAAGAGUUCAUUCGAUUUGAAAGCUUAGAUUAUAUAGGAUCUAAAAUUCUAAGAAAAUAUAAAAACGAGAUAAAUACACAUUUGGACUUUGCGCUACCUGGGAAGGCAUCGAUUUCGUUUGGAUAUACUCGCUGCAUAAUAGUAGUGAGUUCUUGUAUCGACUUCGAUAAAGUGGCCAAAUUAUCACGCAUGAUGACGAAUAAAACAAACUAA